AUGGAGGGUUAUCGGCAAGAUGUUGGCAGAGCUGCCAGCAGCAUGAGUGUGCCUAGCGACCUGUCAGAUUGCAGCCCCCGGGCUUUGAUUCGGAAGGACCCUUUCACGAACUGGGUGGAGCUCGAGACUGCCCGUUGUGGAGGGAAUUUGCCACGAAGAUUGGUGAACAUGCAGUUGGUCGCCUGGCUUUCCUGCGUUCAGGUGGCCUUGAGCCGCCGCCGUUUACCUUCUUGCGGCCGCUGUGCCGGAAAAAGGAGGAAUUCCAGGCUGUGCCGUCGGCGUUUGGUGGCUUCAUUGCCAUUGCUUUGCCGCGAUUUAAUUUGUGACUUCGUGGGAGACCAAACUGGAGCCAGCAUCACUGCCAGCAGCCUACGAGUCAGAGUCAACAACGUCCGCCUUCAGGACAUUUCUGGCACCUUGUUCCAUGAGUUCCGCAAAGCUGCUGAUCAGGGCCUCACCUCGUACUACCUGAAUCAGAAUAUCAAACUGAUCUCGUUUUGGAGGCCUUGGAUGUUGGAAGCUGAUGGUCCUGCCUGGAUUCGCAGCUGCUUGGCCUCGCGGGGUUUCAAAACAGAGAUUUGCAAGGUGUACCACACCGCAUAUGCUGGCGUGCAGGGCUGCAGCUUUUUCGAGCUGAAAGUCUCUUGGUGA